UUCUACGCAAAAUACUUCAUUUGAAUAUCCAACCAAGAUGGUAUCCUCAUGGUGCUAUUUAAUUCUACCAGUAGUAUUGUUCAUUGGACUGCUUAGAAAAUGUCGUGAACGUACCUGGGGAACGUGCAAAAACACAGACAAUUUGCAAGGUCGAGUGUUCAUAGUGACAGGUGCUAAUUCAGGUAUUGGUAAGGAGACAGUGAAAGAAUUGGCUAAGAGAAAAGCGACAGUCAUCUUGGCUUGCAGAAAUUUACAAACUGCUAAAGAUACUGUGUCUGAGAUUCGCAGUCAGAUGACAAAUGGAGAACUGGUGCCGAUGAAACUGAACUUAGCAUCUCUUGCAUCGAUCAGAGAAUUUGCAACAGAAAUAAUAAAAAACUUUCCCGAGGUUCAUGUAUUAAUUAACAAUGCUGGAGUAUAUGUUCCUUUCAAAGAACAUGCAUCAACAGAAGAUGGAUUUGAGAUUCAUUUUGGAGUGAAUCAUUUAGGUCAUUUUUUGCUCACCAAUUUGCUAUUUGAGCAUUUAAAGAGAAAUGCACCAAGCAGGAUCAUCAUUGUUACCUCAAAACUCUUUGAAUCUGGAGCUAUUGAUUUUUCAAACUUAAAUGGAGAAAAGGGAUUGAUAGUGAAAGGACGUAUGAAUCCAGCUUACUGUAACUCUAAAUUAGCAAACACUUAUUUUGGUAUUGAACUUGCAAAAAGAAGUGAAAACAGUGGUGUUAAUGUUUACAUGGUUUGUCCUGGAUUUACUUAUACUGGAUUAUUCAGAAAUGUUAAGAGGAGUUGGUUCCAUUACAUUAUUUUUUCACCGGUCGCUCUGUUAUUUUUGCGUACUGCGAAUCAGGGUGCACAAACAGUGUUACAUUGCGCAAUAGAACCAUCUUUAUCCAACGAAAGUGGUAACAUUUACCGUGAUUGUAAAUUGUACAAUUCAAAGAAAAAACUAGACCCUGAUGUAGCGUUACGUUUAUGGGAAACCAGUGCAAAAUUGACUGGUAUUAAUGAAACUUUGAAAUGAACAUUCAGUGGCCAUUUAAUAGGUGUACAAAUGAAUUCGGUGCCUUUAGCACUUUUCCGCGCUUUGAUGGAUUUAAAAAGUGGCGUGAAAAUAUGAAUAAUUUGUACACUUAAUAUACAGUGGUGGACAAAAAUAUCAUCAUUUAAAAAAGGUAUUCUGGUUUAAGUGAUGGUCUUACACUUUUGUCCGCUAUUAUAUACGUAAAUACUGCAGUGUGAUAACAUACAUAUAUUGCCAUAGAUCAUAUAAGAAAUAGUAAAAUAUUUUUCUUUGUGAAUAAAAUACACUACUUAAUU